AUGGCACACAUUGCUACCUGUAUGGUCGAGGCUGACCUCGACAGGGCUGCCGGACCUGGAAACGGACACCUGAUCACCGGCCUUAUAACCAAACCUCCUUCUCCCACACCCUCUAGUGACUCGUCCUCAACCUCAUCUCAGGCUUCCGAGCAGAAGCCCCACGUCUGGAGAAUGCAGCAGACCCAGCAGCAGCAGCCCGAUGUCCGGAAGUACCAGCUCUUCCCCAAGGGCAGGCCGCAGCCGGCCCCGGUGACUAAGGCCCUCGACCCCGAACAGGCCAGAGCCUACGCACUUGGGCAAGCCGCACUAUCAGAGAAAGACAAGGAGAAGACGAGCGGCGGCGGUCUUCGUGUCCGCAUCAAGGAGCACAACCUCAUCCGCAGGCGCAAAGUGAGCGUUCCCGAACUGGGCCCCAUGACCACCGUGCAAGAAGUUGCCAUGGACUCUCCAUCCACCUCGCUGACAACACCAAUGUCCUCCACAACGACGCAUUCUGCCGUUGCGCUGCCCACUCCUGUGUCAGCGCCCCUCCACGAUGUGCGAGCAUCGCCCAAACCGUCGGAAGUCGGAGCUUUUACUGGAUCGAGCAGCUUCAACACCACCCCCAAGAAAGAAAUCGAAUCCCGAGCUGUGCCUAUGGGACAUCGCAGAGGGCAAUCAGAAACGGGCAGCAUUAUGGAACGGGGUCGCCCUCGAAAACGAACCGAUCGUAAGGAUGGUUCAGUAUCCGCUCAGCGGGCUGAAUCGGCACGAACUCGUAGCACCGACCAAAAGGCGUUCGAAGAGCUGCCCUCUGGGUGCAAAGCCAGCGAGGCCGCGAAUCAGAUGAACCAGAUAGAGCUUCUGGCUCUUCAGAAGCAGGCCUUUGGCCAAGCCUCUCGAUUCGAGGUUCUCAGAAAAGAAGAUGUCGAGUCAUUGUCAAGGGAGCUCCGACAACUUGAUGAGAGGACUGAAUACCUGCGCCGCACUUACCAUUCGCUGAGGGCCGGUCGCCGCAAUCUCCAUUCACGGAUCUGUCAGUACCUGCGCUCCCCUCGCGUAGCCCGAUUCAGCACCGAUUCCAUGCUUAAGCAGGAAGAGGCUCUCGGCGAGCUUGAUGCUUCCAUCGACGACUGGGUCAACAAGCUGGAACACGCCGAAAACCGCCGUGCUCGCGUGCGCCAGAAGCUCCUGGAACAUGUGGCUGCCGCUGCCAUCCUUCCCAACAUGGGUUGCAACCCCGGCGAGUGA